CUUCGACGCCCAUCAAAUUGGGAACCAUCUCAUUUCGCUCACUGACGACCAUGGCUGCCGCGUGCGAUGAAGACUACAUGGAGUCGCUGAAGAGGAAGCGCCUCGACAGCCACGAGCACCGAGAGUCGGCACUCUUCAGGCACCGGGUGACAGGUGUGAGUGCCUUCGACAGGCGUGGGAGGGGCGGGGAGGACGACGAUGAGGAGGACGAGACAGAGGUCACCGGGGAGGGACUGCGCUUCAUGGUGAGAUGGGAGACCGAAUCAGGCGAUGGAUGGUUCAAGGGUUGGUUGGCGCAUUCAUGGAGCCAUGCAUUCGUGUUGUGUAUGCGGAUGUGUGUGUGUGUGUGUGUGUGUGUGCAGAUACUGUCGGAUCCGAUCAACGCUUGGGGCUACAGCAUCGGACACCAGCUGUGGACCUCCUCAGAGGUAUAGCAUAGGCAGCCAAGACAGGCAGGCAGGCGCGGGCAGAAGCAAGACAGACGAAGACAGAGACUCUGCGUGAGGUCACACGCAUUUCUUCCUUCUCGUUUGUCUCUGUCUGCCCCAUGCACUAACUGCAGGUGCUGUAUUCCUUUUUCCAGCAGUCGGGGGUGUACGACGCCUCUUACCUGAAGGGCAAGACCGUGGUGGAGCUGGGCUCCGGCCUCGGCCUGGCAGGCAUGACCGCCGCCGCACUGGGGGCCAAACAAGUGGUCAGUCCGCCAGCCAGCCAGCCAGCCAGCCAGCAUGUUGAUUGAGAUCGACAGGAAUGUGUGUGUGUGACGCAUGCAUGAAUCCUGUCUGUCAGAUCUUCACCGAUUUGCCCGAGGGUGUGGAGCUGCUGGAGCGCAAUGUGUGGGAGAACUUCGCCGAGACGGACAAGGAAGAGGGCGGCCGUCGCGUCCUCCCGCCUCACCUCAAGGUGACUGACCCGACCCCAUAUAUACGACAGCCGACAAAGGACACGGAGGCCAUUAAUGCGGCUGGUGCUGAUUGAUGUCAGGUGAUGACUCUUCCCUGGGGCGACGGCGCGUCGAUAGCUCGUGUGGAGAAGGCCCUGGACGUGGCCCCCUCCCUCACACAGAGGAAGGCGCCCGACGUCAUCCUGGGCGGCGACCUGUGCUACGACGAGGACCACCAUGAAGAACUACUGCAGACCAUACUCACACUCAGGUGCGUGCCUCACCCAUACACACACACACACAUCCGUCGUAUGCUCGUUCAUUUCAUUCAGCGGUCCUGAGACGGACGUGUUUCUGGCGCUUCCUGACCGGGAAGACCUGUACUCGUUCCUCGACGUGUGCCGCUUCCCGUACCCGGCCAUCCCCCUACCCACCCUCGACCAGGACAAUGAGGAUGACAAAGCUGCACAGGACGAUACGGGAGGGGGCAAGGUGUGCAGCAACCCACCCACUGGCAGGCCCCCGCCGCAGAAGGCGCGAUCCCAACCGGCACCUUCUUACUCUCCUGAUGAUGCGGCCGCUGGUGGCGAUGAGGGCACGAUGGUGAUGGGCGAGGGGGGGCUGCGUGAGGUGCACUGGGAGUGCCUCUGGACCUACUGGCACAAGAGCUUCGAGAACGCCGUCAUACUCUUCAAGUGAGGGAGACAUUGGGCAAUUAGGCAGAGAGAGGGGAGAAGAGAGCGUCAGGGAGCCAGCCAUUCAUUGUGUGGGGUGUGUGUUGGUCGGUGUGUGUGUUGACGGGAUGGGUGCUGUUCAGGGGCCGUGUCGUGCCUGUGUGCGGGAGUGUGGCGUCUGAGGAUGAGGCCGUGUGACGCGACAAACACACCGACGGACGGCAUGGCACCGACACACGAUAGAUGACCUACCUGGUCCGACUGCGAUGCAUGGACUGAUGAAUG